AUGGAGCUGUACUUCAGCUCCUGCUCCAAGGCGGCCAGGGCUACCUCCACCAAGACGGCUGCCAGCAGCCUGUCUGACGAGGGACUAGGAGGGGAGGUGCCAGCUACGAUGGAGCUGUACCUCAACUUCUGCUCCAAGAAGGCCAAGGCUGACUCUAUCAAGACGGCCACCAACAGCCUGGGGGAGGAGAAAAUGCUUACAAGGCAAGUCGAUCGACUACAAGACAACAACCAGCUACCUGGACGUCCUGAAGUUACCCAGUUCCAAAACUGGAUGCUAAUGGACCCCGUCCCAUCUUUCAGGGACCAGGAGCGACUCAUACGGCACAGGUACCUCAGUAUAAUCAACCGGGAGCUGGAGUACCGGGAGCGCCGGGCGGAGGAGCAGCGCCGGCUCUGGAUGGACCGGGAGGAGCGGCGGCACUGGGACCACAUGCGCAGGAAACUGGGGCUGCGCAGGAAGAUUGAGGAGGAAUGGAAGACAAAGGAGAUGCUGCUGCUCACGAGAAUCGUAGAAGACGUGAAGCGAGAAGCGCGAAUAGAGGAGCAGCGGCGGCGGAACCGGGAGGAGAGCGACAGGAAGAAACAAGUUCUUUUAGAGAAGAAAAUGGCUUAUCACUUACAAAAAAUGCAACAAAAUGGCCUCAGAAGAGAAGACACAGGGAAGAACACACCAGAUUACAGAGGACAGGAGGGCGCGUGCUCUGAAUGUGCCGCGUACACCUCAGCUCCAGGCACUCUUCUUUCCGCUCAGAAUUCACCCACAAGAAAUGUUCACAAAUCCUCACAGUCUUAUUUGGGGCCUACAAAAGUUGACGAAUACAACAUUUCUUUUGCCGCACGUACAAACGUGACUUCUGACGAGCUGAACAGUAUACUUCAGAACAUAAUGGCCUGGGUGGUGGCCACAGUGACCAGCAUCCUGUACCCAGCCAUCACCAGGUACGAGGAGAGGCUGCAAAGCCAGGCGUACUCCAGGGGCGCGGAGUCCUCCCUGUCUUCGGAGAGCUCCAGCUUCUGCAGCACCUGCAGCGAGGGCUUCGCCUAUGGCAGCUACACGACGGCCACCACCAAGACCUUCCCCGGGGAGCCCCGUGCCUUCGCCGUGGAUAUCGCGGUCCGGCACCCGCCCACGCCGCUGGAGCCGCUCUCUGCCCACGUGGAGCGGACGGUGGUCGAGAAGACCUACCACACGGAAGGCCCCCCUUCCGCCCACAUAGAGCGGACGACGGCCACCGGGGUCUAUGCCCACCCCAAGCUCAGAAGCUGCAAGUCUGACAGCCACCUCCUGGCCUUUUUUGAGGGAGGCGCCCAGAAGUCCAAGGAUGCCACCACGGAGACGGACGGCCUGGAGGGCCCACUGCUUCCGAAGCGAAAAGCCAAAGCUGAAAUCAAGAACUUGGAGAAGAUCUUUGUGAACUUUAAAUGCCACCUGAAAGGGGAAACGGAGCUGAUUUUAGAGAGCAUCUUCCAGGAAAUCAUGUCCGACCUAACGCAGGCCGUUCCCGCCAUUUCUUCCGUCACCGCCGAGGUUUUCGUUGAACCGAGUGAGCCCGAACUAGACGUUCUCUCCAACGUGGACAUCAGCUCCGUGGCUUCCGAGAUCGUGGAAAACAUGCUCGAGACGCUCCAGUCCGCCGUCGAGAAAAGGUGCGUGGAGAUGUUUUCGCAGGAAGAUUGGCCGGUUGACAUGAUGCCCAGCUUCCUGCCCAUCGGAGAAGGCCCCCUCCCGCCGAGCGGGAGACCCCCGUCGGCCUCCCUGCCGCACCCCGGGGAGCCCAUGUGCGACGUGGCCGAGGACAUGGUGCAGGCCAUCCUGCAGAAGCUGAUGGCUCUGGCGUCGGGUAAGCAGGACGAGCCUCCCCACCUGGCGUCCAUGGCGAAGCCCCCCUCUCAGCAGCGCAUGCCCGGCCCCGUGGGCACAUCCCUGCAGAGAGCCGACGCCAAGAAAGGGGGCCCCGAGCCCAACGGGGCCAACUUCCUGGUGAAGGAGGAAAUACAGAGUUUGAUCUCCAGCAUCUUUGCCCAGUCCUCGCUGGUGGGCUACAUCGAGGAAGCCAUCAGCACCAUCCUCGGCUAUGUCCAAACCGAACUGAACAACGAGCGGCUGGUGGCGUCUGAGGAAACGGUGGUCUUUCUCCGGCUGCUGGACGACAUCUUCACGCAGCUGCACCACGAGCCGGUCAAGGCCGAGCCGCUGCCGCCCAUCAACGUGCCGGGCAUGGUCCUGUACUCCGAUGACGACAGCGAGGAGAUAGACAGGCUCGUGGAGAACGCGCUGGACUCCUCUUUGAGGAACGAGAAGGCGAGAUCGCAGGAGCGGGACCCCGAGUGCUGGUUCACAGGGAGGAGCACGUGUUCGGACAGAAACAGCAAACCGCCCCCACGGCCCGCUUCUCUCAGAAGCAAAGUCGUGUUCUGCGAGGGAUCCAAGACCGAGGGGCCGAGUGUUCACAAGAAAGAAGUUUUAAAGGGAAAAAUCUGCUCGACUAAAGACACGCUGACCUUCAGCCAAGACCAAAGGCACCAAAUACAAGAGGCGUCAGCAAACGUGAUCAAAGGCAUUUUGACGGAGAUGCUCAAGGAGCAGCCUCCUCCUCCGGGCCCCUCGGGCGGGAGGGCCGGCAAGGACACCGCCGUUCUCCUCUCCGGGAAGCCCCGAGGGCUGCCGGCUCAGGGCCACUGGGACCAGCUGUUCUCCGUGGGAGAAGUGAACACGGUGGCUCAGGACAUAACCGAGGCCGUGAUCAACAUCCUCCACGAGGCACUGAGCCGCAUCCCCGGCACCCCCAGAAGUUCCAUCCUACCCGCCAGGCGUCAGACUCCGCUGGGCCGUUCUCACACUCCCGACGUGGCCAAAGAGGCGCCACAUAAAAAACCACUGAAAAUAUGGUUUGACAGUGAGAAGAAAGUGAAGUAUUUGUCUUCACUUGACGUAGGCCCCGAAACCCCUUCCCUGUUCGGGUCUGAGACAUGUGAGCCGAAGGCUGUAGAUGACAUCUCGGGGGACAUCAUUGACACGGUGUUCAAGAAGCUGAAGGGACUCGUUUACCCAAAGCUGCACGUGGGCUCCACACCGCCCUGCACAGAGCCGUCCUCGCUGCACCGCCAGCUGAGCGCCUACACGACCAAGGUGGUGGGCAUCGUUCUGCAAGCGAUCCAGAACGAGCUGGAACUCGAUCAGAAAAGCCAGAGCCCGCGGGAAGCCGACGACAGCAAGCCCCUCCGAGGCGGAGAGUUCUCGGCUGACACUGACGACGCGGAUCUCAGCAAGGACAUCAAGGCCUCCCCAUUGCUGACUUGCAUUUGCGAGAUGUUGUCAAGCGCACAUUCCGACCGGAGCAGCGUCUCCCUCCCUCCCGAUGAGCCAAGGCCUUCGGUGGCGUGUGGGCUGGACGAUGUUGGCAAACCACCCACGCUUCCAAGUCGGCAGGAGAAACAAGCUUUUUACCAAUGCUUGGCGACUCCAUGUGCCAUCCACAGCGACCCCCGUGGAAAAGACCUCAAAGACCAGGGCAAACUGCAAGUGCUGGACAGCAUUGGGGAAACCCUGUACGAGAUGCUGUGCAAGCUCCUGGGAGCCCGCCCGGAGGGCCAGCCACCCCGAGAGAAGACGAGUGAGAACCGGGGAGUGGCCAUGAAGCUGCACCCUAAACUCCAGCUCCUCUCCCAGACCAUCCUGGACGGCAUCCUCGCGAAGCUGUGCAGGGUCGACGCGGACACCAGCUGCGCAGGUUCUGGGAUGACAGCUGCCUCCGAGUGCCCGGAUAUCGAUAACCUAUCGUUCAAGUCGAUCAUUGAGGAAAUGGCCAAGUGCACCGACAUCAUCUCCGGCAUCGUGUCCAGGAUGCUGCGGGAGAGUAACAGAGAGGAGACGGGCAGGGACGCGAAAACCGUUGCUCCCGGGCCUUGCAAAACAGGGAGCACGAGAGAAACGCAUCCAAACAGACUGACGACCUUGGCCACCGACAUCCUCAACGGGGUGUUUGCGAAGCUGGAAGGGUUUGCCAGUGGCAACCUAGGAGGCCUGGACCCCAUCAGCAAGGGACACAAGACCCGCGCCCAGGUGGACCUGCGGUGCGACGGCGCCAGCGAGGCCGUGGACGCCUGCGAGGAGCUGCUGCGCUCGGCGCUGUACAUGCACGCCAAGAAGGCGUCCAGCACCAUCCUGAAGGCCAUCCAGACGGAGCUCGGCGGGAGCCCCGGGGACCUGCGGGCCAGCGCCAAGAGCCCAUCCCCGGAGAAACAGCUUCUGAAGAAUGUGAUCAACUUGAUUAUAGACGUGGUGUCCUCAGAUGUGCUGGACGACACCGAAUCCGAAGAGAGAACCAUGGAAUCCUGCGGGUACCGGCCGACCUAUGGGAACUUCCUGCCCGGAGGGGCCGAGCCAGACCCGAGUCUAGAAGACGCUGCGCCUGCGGAGAAGGAACUUGGAGCCGAGGGAACCCUCCCGAGGGGAGAAACGCAACCGGGUUCUCUGAAGCAGUGGGUUCUGGAAAGGACCCUAAACAAAAUUGAAAGGAAACUGAAGGAGCCACAGAAAUCUCCCAUCGUGCCCAUCAUCAGGAACAUUUUGAACGAGAUUUUCCAAGGGGCUCUGGUCAACCAAUUAAACGUGCUUUCUCUCUCCUGCCCUCCGCUGGGGGGCGCCCCGUAUGAUGUGGGUGGCGAGCCGCUGGCACCGACGUGGGUCCCCUUCAUCGACCAAAGGACGGGCCCCUUGGUGUCCGAGGCCGACGUCACCAUCGUGGUGGGUGAUGUGGUCACGACUGUGAUGCAUAAGCUUUACGCAGCGGCCAUGAUGCAGAGAAACGCCGGUGAAAACAGGUACAAGACCAUCACCUUUUCAGCGAAUGUUUCUUUCCACGUCCCCGCCUGCGGGGAACAGUCCUCAGUCUCUGUGCUGGAUGGGAAUCCAUGUCCUGUCCCGCCCAGACUCAACGCCAAAGGAAACGUGGCUGAAGAUAUCAUCCAGGAGAUACUAACAAACCUAGAAACCUUCGCUACUUACAAAGUAAAAUCUCUCUUUUGUCCCCAAAUCAAGUUCACAGUCCCAGUGGCUUUCCCUGUGCAGCAAGGGAAGAGCAUUUUGAGCAAAGCGUUGUCCGCCAAAGGCCUGUAUCCGGAUGAUGGGUUUUCUCCCUGCUCCGUGGAUCGUUUUCUGGAAAAGACCAACUCGUGCCAACUUUCUUUAAAUAAACUAAACACACACGCAACAGAAGUGGCCAGAAAAAUUUUACAAGGCAUCAAACACGAGUUAGAUAAAGAAAGGGAAAGUCCUUUCUUAACGCACAACAUCGUGGUUUCUGAAGGGAUCGCGAGUCAGAUCGUGAACACGGUGUUAGAGAUCGUCUCAUCCAAAGGCAAGUUUGACAAACACAAUUCUGACGAAGAGCUUCACUCAGGUCUGCAGGAAGGCGUCAUUGAAAGGAUGUUCAACAGGACUGAGUAUCGCAAAGGGCUUCAGUUCCAAAUACAGGAUGUCAUGGAAGGCAUCCUGUGCGACAUUUAUGAAAAAACGCUGCAUCAAAACAACCUGGCCUUCGCCACGCCCAUGCCGAGAGGCCUCACAGCCAGGAAACAUCCAGCUGUCGACGCCGGGCUGUCCAUAGAGGGUGCCAACGAGAUCGUCCCACCACUUUCUGUCCCCAAGUCGGACGUCAUGCUGAUCUCCAACGACAUCGUGGACCUUGUGCUUCAUAACCUCAGCUCGGCCGUCACGCUCGGCACAAAACCAGAGCGUGCUCCUCCGGCACGACUGCCCCUUCCCUCCUGUGAUAUGUUCCCACAAACAGAGUGCCAGCUGCCUCCGCUCACGGGCUCACGGAGUGAAGGAGACACAGAGCGUUUUUCAUCGUCAAACAAUGUGAGGCCCGCGUAUGCUGUGGCGAGUCAGAUAACUGUGGUAGGGAGGGAAGACCCCACGAGGCCCGCCCCUGACCCCUGUGAGGAAAACGCUCACUUCAUCACCAAAACUAUCGUCAACCAGCUAGAAUCUUUCGCCACCAAAAGAAUAGACUCAUUAAUUACUCUUGCUUCCCAGCCCACAGAGAAGUCCUUUGCUAGCCCUGGCCUGGAGCCCUGUGAGCCCGAGGACAGCGUUUUUCGUGAGCCAAGCCAAAAGGCGUCCAAUGUGAACGUCCUGAAACUAUCAACGGAAACUGUUCUCAGCCACGAACUUGCAGACCCCGCGUUUGCGAGUUACGGACAAAAACGGGGAUCCACCAUUCACCUCUCCCAAACCAGCCUUAAGGAAUACGCGGACGUCAUCGCCAGUGUCAUUCUGAAGCUUAUUAAAAACGACUUGGACCUGGAAAUCCAAAGGGCAUGUCUACAUCCAAACAAUAUCUCCUUCCAGGAAAACGUCGUUGUGAGUGAGAUUGUCAACAACACCUUAAAGGUUUUGAACGCUAAGAGGUCUGUAAAUGAACUUCAGUUUUACACAAAAGACCAUCCUGGCGCAUUUGCACCGUUAGCUGUACCCAAGGAAAUGCUGUUAGGACAAAGAGAGCUGGACCAAAACACCAAGUUAUCUCUGUUUUCACAGUACCCGUUCGAACAAAGCCAACGGGCAGUGGGAAAGGAAAGCCAGAGAGUUGUUUUGGAAGAAAUAUUUAUGAGACAUGGGGAAUCCAAGCAAAAAGAAAAGGCUGCCUUGCUCACUCCAGUGAAAGAGGUUUUAAGGAAAGUGUACCAACAAGUAAUGAAAAUCAAAGGCCACCUGCCUCCAUUCAAUGAAGCCCCCUACUCGGCAUCUAACUCUAAAGCUAAAACAUCAGACGUAACACACAAAAACUUCGUCCAGUCCCAUAUUAACGGCGUAGCCAACGACAUAGUCGAGAGUGUUUUGGGGGAAAUGUACGCUGUGGUUGUGACCUCCUUACAUGAGAGUCACCAAAAGGAAGCCUUCGAAGGCAAUGGCACCUUCCCUAAGCCACCGUCGUGCGUGGGAGAAGCGAAACAACCCGGGAGAGGAAGUAAUUCCACGGGGUACGUGAUGCCACAGGCCUAUCCUUCCCCAGGCGACCAAAACACCCCCCUGUUCGAAAGCAGCUCCCAGCAGCACUCGCCGCUGCAGGUGGGGAAGGAGUUGGUCCAAACGGUGCUCGAUAAGAUCACACAGUUUGCCUCAAGCCUUAAAGUGAACCCGAAGGGCAGCCUCCAGCCAGGUUUUAAAACAAGUGUAAAAGCAAAGUCAAAAGUGACUUCUCUGCCUAAUUUGAAGACAAAGCCGCCCCUGGGCCCUGGUGGUGCUAGGGCCAAAAGCAAGACCAAGGUGGGGCCGGGGGAGAGGACUCUGAGGAGCAGCCAGUCCAAGACCUGCCUGCGAUCCUGGAGACGACCUAUGAAGGCGCUGCCGUUUGACCAAAUCGGGGCAGCCAACAGGAUCGUCCGGGCCGUUCUGCAAGGGGUGUGCGCGCUGGGCACCCACAGCGCGAGGGGCUUCGCUGAGACGCAGGCCUGCUUCUACUUGGAAAAUGUCUCUUCCCAGCUCGAGCAGAUCUUUCCCAAGGACGGGAUAUUUAAAAAAAUGUUUGACAAAUGGCAGGCAGAAGCAAAUGACAUGGAAAGUGAAAAAUGUAACUUGCUGGUAGUGGCUGAAAAUGUUUUGACUGUCAUUUCAAUGAAAUCGAAGGAAUUAGAAUAUUAUCUUUCCCUCUUAAAUCUGACGCACCCCGAGGACUGGGAAAGCAGGCUCCAUAACCGCCUUAAAGGAACAUCGACGCGAGCGGAGGCCACCAAGGCACAAAUCAAUAUGUUCUCGAGGGAGAUCGUUGAAAUGCUACUUGAGAAACUACAGCUGUGCUUUCUGUCCCAGAUGCCCACCCCGGACAGUAAGGAAACUCCAGCAAGUAGGAAGGAACACGCCGCUCAGAGCAAACACGGCCUUCCAGCCAAGGACGUCCUCAGCGGUGCGCCCAUCUACUACAUGGACGCCAAGGACCACAUGUCUUUGGGCUCCACCAAGCAGAUUGUCCUAGACAUUGUGGAAAGGGUGCUGGGCAUGCUGGAGGCGUUUGUAGACCUGCAGUUCAAACACACCUGCAAGUACGAAUUUUCCGAAAUAGUGAAAAUGCCUGUAGAAAACCUGUUUCCGGCCCAGCAGAGACUGUUAAGCAAAAAGAUGUUCCCUAAACUGCAGUCGCUGAAAAAGCUUGCUGAUGACUGCAGGUCCAGUGCUAUGAUUUCCAAGGAACAUGUACAGAACGUUUUUCUGCAGGUCCACUCAUUCCAUUCAGAACUGCUUACAUACGCUGUGGCCAUCACCAGCGACAUGCUGGGCGUCCUCAAGAACAAGCUGGACAAGGAGAUAGGCCAAGCGGAGCCGCCGGGCAGCACGCUGCAGGAGAACGCGGCAGCGAGUGCGAUCAUCGGCGCGCUGAUGGACCAGUGCACGCACGUCAGUGAGUCUCUGAUCAAAAACCUUCCCAGUUUGUUCCCGGGCGUGGAAAAUACCUACAUUGUUAAUCAUCUUGCAUUCGCCACUGAUAUGAAAAUUCCCAAGUCAAAGGAAGUUCGUUUUGGGAACGGGCCUCCUCCACGGGUUAGCAUUCCUGGUUUGGUGUUUUAUCCUGAAGGCGACACGAAGAAAAGGUACAGGGGCCCACCCAACGUACCUUCAUGUGCCAGAGCCCCCAGAGAAGGCCCGGUCAGAAGCUCAGAGCCCAGGGAAAGGCCUGACUCAGGAAGUGCGCCAACCUCCUCUAGAAACAAGGUCCCAGACCACGGCCCCAGGGAAUGGUUGUUUGAUCAAGCCACGCCGGGUGGCAGUAUCUUACAAAAACUGGCUAAACGGGUGACUGAGUCCACAGAAGAAGCAUUGAAGCAAGGCCUGUCCUUCAUAGAAAUGCGAAAAGCUAAAAACCCAAAAGUGUUUCAUUAUGGGACCCCAAAACCCGUUGGUGGGCCUAACCAAACUCAGACAGCUGUUUCUCCACUCAAGAUAUGUUUAGCGGCAGAAAAUAUUGUCAAUACUGUGUUGUCAAGCUAUGGGUUUCCUAGUCAACCACCCAUUAACGAAAGCACAGAGACAAUGAAACCAUUUUUCAUAUCCACACCAAGCCCUGCAGGACAAAAGGAGGAGAAGAAAAGUGUGUUCGCCAUGUGGGGUGACAGGACCCGCUGCGCCCCCAGAGGAAGAAGCAAAAACCCGGAAGCCUGCAGGGGAGACUUUUCUUUAUUGCAAAAGUGGGAGAAGAGCGAUCCAAAGGGAAAGACUGUGAAGGAAUUUGAAGUCAUUGCUUUUGCUGAUCAUGAACUGGGUCCAAAUGAAAUCAAUUUGGUAGCAAGACAUGUAACCACAUGUGUGGUCACAUAUUUCCAGAACUUCAAAACCAGAGUGUCCAGUGAGAAGAUGUCGAUUGUUUCCACACUGUCAAAGAAAACAUACGAGUCAGAACAGCGUCUAAGAAGCAUAUAUAAUGAUUCUUCGCUUUGCCAACUUUGUGAGCAUCUCACCGAGUCUGUCAUUUGCCAUUUAAUUUCGAGCAUUUCUGAUGGCAUCCGAGGUGGCAGAGAAAGUGCGAAGGCAUGGGAAAGCCAAAAUUCAGGAUGUAACAAGAUUAUUUCCAUUGAUUCUCAAGUAUUUGAAAACAGGUCGAUUUCUAUCGGAGAACUUGCUUUAAGUAUUUCUGAAAUCAUUACUAAAAUCCUUUGCGAUAGUAACAUUAUAGAGCCUGACAUUGCACAGCAAAUGUUUUCUUUAAAAACAAAGUACAUUUAUUGCCCAGGAGUCACUGCUACUGACUUUGACCAUAUUUUCCAGGAUCUCCUAAUAGGAGUGAUCCACGUACUGUCCAAAGUGAUAGGAAUAACUCACCACCUUGAAAGCAAUGGAAGAAGUAAACCAUUGUCCACGCUCAGAAGCAAUAGUGUGUCCAUGGGCAACAAAACAAACACCAUGAAAAGACAGAUAAGUUGCAGAAACUGGGAAUCAUCUACUCACCCAAAUGAACAUCUCAUUCAAAAUGAGAAAUUAAAUUAUCUGGCAUACAAGUUAGACAGUAUCGUUAGUAGCCUGAAAACUCGUGAAUCCAAAGAAGUAGUCAAUAAGGUCUUCAAUAUUGUUUUAGAUUUAUUUUUACCAGAUGAACGCAGAGGUGAGGCUAUGGAUUCUUAUGAAAAAGCAAGAAAAUCUUUAUCGUCCUCGAGUAAUAACUUAGGGCUCACCCCCAAAUCCGUUUUUCUUCUCAAUGUCGUGUGUGAGAAACUUAUCAGAACGCUUUUGGAAAAAUGCACAAACACUGCCUUUCUUGAUCAUGGCCCUCUUUCUGAUGAAAUGUCUGCAGAAGAAUGUCAACUUUUAAAAAUGCUUCAAAGUGUAGAAGACGAGGGCUUUGGUGACUGUAAGGGGGCAACGGGCUGUGAACAGUCCCAAGGAGAUUGUAUGUCAGAUCUUUUGGAAAAUCUGGCAGAAAUGGAUACAGAUGUGUUGUCAUCGGACUCUAUGCUCACCCUCGUUUCCCACAGCUUGGUGAAGUCCCUGAUGGACAAACUCUGUCACAAUAUUCAACUCCCUCACAGCCCGCCCAGUGCAAGCCAGCACUUGAAGGGUAGAACACAAGAAAGACAGUCAGGUCUUAUAAAAGCAAAAAGGCCAGAAUUAGCAGGAUUCGGACAAGGUAAAGGUUCUGCCGGCUUCACCAGCUGUGACAGUCGCGCUCUGACCGAAUCCCUAAACCUCUCCAGCAUGGUCCGCUCCAAAACACAGUCACCGUUUGGCAGGAAGUGUUCAGUAAGCUCCUCUUCUGUGACACCUCGUAGGAGGCAGGAAACAGCCAUCCAUAGCAAGCUACACCUGGGGAGUAGGAGUACAGGUGUUUAUUCGGCCACAUUUUUGGAGGAAAUCAUUUCAGAACUGUUUUUCGAUCUCUCCACUUCCCUGUGGGGCAAAAAUGAAAGCAUCACGGAGGCCCAGCUCAGUGAGAUGAACACACUACUUGUCAACAACGUGGUGAGGGAGUUUGCGCGCGCGCAGAUCGCUGUUCUGCGGAAUGUGGAGGAGAGACUGUGCUUCCCGCCGGUCCAAAAGGAAAGGGUACGUAGGGUUGUUGACUCGGUUUACCCCGACGUUUUGCAGAAAUAUCAAUUGAAGGUGACCCGUGGUGUGAAUCUGGAGCAUGACAACUCCUCACUAGCAGGACAAAUAGCGAACGGCAUACUGUUAGAGAUCGUGGACUACCAACUCCCACCCUGCUUCCGGGAGAAGCUCAGCCCGAACUCCUGCUGCCCUCUCGAAGCUGAAAUCAUCCUGCAGAAACUACAAAGGACCCUGCGAGAAUGUGCUUCCAGAUCCAGGUCUGCGGGAGGCUACAGCACCAGGGUGUCGCACUCCUUUUUAGAGGAUAUCAUCAGGAGGCUUCUAGCCCAACUCACUGCUCCACCCAGUAAGGCUUCCUCUCUGGGGAGAAAAGAGUUCAUGAGUUCAGAUUUCAGUGAAAUGUCUAACUGUAUCAUAAAUAAGGUUCUAUCAGCCAUUUCAAAACACAAAAUUUGGCUCACUAUAUGUGACAAUCCACAGCUAUGUGCAGGGAAAAACACCCAGAAGAUGGUGGAUUCUGUGUAUCGGAACAUCAUGAAAAUGCCUGACUCUCUUGUCUCAAUCCAGAACAGCCUGGUGAGCCGAAGCCCAGUUAUGGUGGACCGAAUAGCCAGUUUUAUUAUCCAAGAGAUUAUUGAAAACCAUCUUCAACCAUUUUUGUGUGAAGAAGGUUUGCACCGUCCAAAUACUCCACUGGAUGCAGUAUCGAACAUGGUUAAACGGGUCCUCAGUGAGGUCACAGCGUCGCACAGACCCAAGAGGCCCUCACCCUCAGGCGUUCCCCCUGACACAUUCAUAGGGGAAAUUGUGGCCAGACUUGUAGCAAAGAUAUUCAGCUCCAAGCAGAACACUGACAAUGAGCUGGAAAACAUGACACAAAAAAUAGUGAACUCGAUAACCACCCACUUCGACAAAGCUACAACUCACAUCCUCAGUGGCGGCAAGGAGGGCGCCUGCCCCGCAGUAGGCACAGACAUCGUGGAUGAGCUCGUGUCCUCUGUUUACAGAAACGUGUUACAGCAGCACGGGCUAGACCCUGAGGCUGACAAGGAGUCUGAAGACAGCGAGACUUUUGUGGAAAACAUCACCAAUUUAACUGUAGCGGCCAUUUCUGAUUACCUUCUUCACCCGCUGUUCUCUGGCGAUUUGUCAUCUUCCUGUUCUAUUUCCACAGCUGAGAACAUCAUCCAGGACAUCAUUAGUAACAUCAGCAAACCCACCACGCCAAGCCCGAGUUUAUCUCCGUAUAAUACCUUGCUGCCAUACACGUUUUUAGAAGACAUGAUCAGAGUACUAUUAUCUAGAAUCUUUUCUUCUGCAUCCGACUUGGUUCCAAACACAGAAACUCUAAAAGACAGGUCAAGAGUGAAUUUCAAUGAAAUUGCUUCAAAUAUAAUCAGUGAUAUUAGGAUGAAAAUUUCUCAACAUGACAUCCAAUUCUCAAAAGAUGAUGAAGAAACCAAGUUUGUUUAUUCAGAAGAUGAUGUCCAGCACCUCGUGGACUCCGUCUUCGAAAACAUUUUACAAAACUCCAAGUCUCAGGAAUCGGUUGAACAAAACAUCAAAGGCAGCAACGACGCUGUCAUCGAUAGAAUAGCAGGUUUCAUCAUUAAACAUAUUUGUCAACAACAUCUUCAACCGUUUGUGGACCAAAAGGCAUUGCCUUCCCCCACAGACACUCACCCUGAUGGCGAGUGGAGGCCAUGGCCUCCUGCCAAUGUUUACUCGGCAGCGUUUUUGGAAGAUGUGAUCUUUGGAGUUUUAAGGAAAAUAUUCCACAGGGUGUUGGGCAUUGUGCAAACAAAAUCAGCAAGAGACUCGGAAGAUGAGCUUUUGGAUAAAGCUGGGAAACUCAUACAUCUGAUAGCAGAAGAGCUGUCAAGAGCCCCGGUCCGCAUCCUGGAGAACGCCGAGGAGCAGUGCCGUUUGCCUCCAGUGGAGAGAGACGUCCUCAGCAGCGUUGUGGACAUGGUGUUCAGCAAAGUGCUGCAAGAAUAUGAAAUGGACAUCCUGCCCGAUUACGAUUUCCUCAAUGACACACAGACCUUGGCAGCAAGGGUGACUAAGAGCAUCCUGGCCCACACGUUUGAUUUCCAAAUCCACCCAAAGCUGAUAGGAAAGCUUCGUUUUAAGUCGUACGCCAAACUGAACGUCGAUGUUUUGAUAAAGAGAGUCCAAAAUUACAUCACUAAAUCAAGAUUCCAAAGACAGGCAUCGACUAUCUACACCACCAUGUUAUCGCACACCCACCUGGAAAAGGUGGUCGCCCAGCUGAUCUCUCAGGUGAGCCCACUGGCCUCCAGCGCAGAAUGCAAGGGCACUUCCAAGUCGGAGCUAAGUGAUAACGUCAUAAGGCUGAUAAACGAAAUUAUGUCAAUCAUUUCCAAACAUGCAAUCUGCAUUGUCAAACACGGCAGUGAGAAACAGAGCAUGAUCUCGGAGAAAGAUAUCCAGUCCAUGGUGGGUUCCAUCUACGCUGACCUUUCACACUCAAAGCUCUAUCAGUCUCUCACAAAGGAUAAGAAAGGGAUAAGUAAGAUGCCUGUUUCGAAAAUAGCGAGUUUUAUCAUAAAAGAAAUAUUUAACCAUCAUCUCCAGUCAUUUUUACCCGGAGAUAAAAUAUGCCUCUCAGCUGCGGUUGAUCAUGACGAUAAACAGAGAGCAGCCAACGCUCAGCAAGGAAACUUGGCUUUCGUGGUGAACUCGGCUGCCUUCCUGGAGGAGGUCAUCGCAGAGCUGCUAUGUAAACUCCUGUACGCGUUCUCACACAACGUCUUGGCUGCUGAGCACCCAGACAUAGUGAAAGUGAAAAUUACUGACAUUGUGACAACAUUAGUAAAAUCAAUUGUUCUGGAGUUCACCACGUCGGAGAUUGUAGUUUCGAAUUAUUUCGAUAAUGAUAUGCGUUCUUCGGCAAGAUACAAAGAAAUGGUUCAAAAAACAGCCAACCUGAUUUAUGAAAAGAUAUUAGGUGAAUACAAAUCUCUGAUUCAAGUCUACCAGGUUAUGCAAAGUGACACGACUUCUUUCGGCAGGAAAAUUUAUCACUUACUAUUGGAAGAAAUUUAUGAUCAUCAGAUGCAGUCGUUAGUGUCAGGAGAAUUGGUAUCUUCUUCCUGUUCUUCCCUUCAAACCGAAAACAUCAUCAGAAAUGUGCUGAAUGUCGUCACGAAGGCCGGCCCCGCCACCCCAUGCAUGACGGUGCUGCCGCGUGUGCUGUUGGAAGACAUCAUUUACAAGCUCAUAGCGAGCAUCUUCCCUCCCACCCACACGAAGGGCGAGCUCAGGGGGGAAGGCGCUUCACCUGAUGACGAGUUUGUGGCUGCAGCUUCAAAACUGACGGAUGAAAUUAUCAAAGAAAUUGCGGAACAUGAAAUCCGUCUCGCCCGGGCGGAAGAGAAUGCCGACAGCACCCAACUAGACAUGAUUGAGAACUUGGUUGACUCGAUAUGUAAUAAUAUCUUGAAAAAAUCUGAAUUUCAAGCAGAAGUGCAAAGAGAUGCAGACAAAAAAGCAGGCUCGUUCCUCAGCAAAGUCGCAGGUUUCGUUAUGAAGGAAAUUAUGGACCAUCAUCUGAGGCCAUUUUUACAGGGUGACGGGGGCUCUGCACUCACCAAACCUGGGAAAGAAAAGACUCAGACUUCCCUCUACUCAGCUACAUUUUUGGAAGACGUAGUGGUUGACCUUGUUCGCAAAUUUUCUUCCCUCCUAAGUAUUGCCGAAGAACCUAAGAAAAAAGGGAUGUCGGAGACAGAACUUGUGGGGUUGGCUAUAAAAUUUGCAAAUUCUCUGAUAGGAGAAUUCAGGAAAAGUGAAAUUAAAGUUCUACCGAAUGCUGAAGAAGUCUUUGCUUUCCCACCAAUUGAUAAAGAGACAGUGGAUAAGAUAUCCAACUUUGUGUACGAUCAGUUCAUAGGGAAGUACGACUCCGGUGACAUGCAGGAGGAUGAUAAAGGUCACGUGCUAAUAGAAACGAUUGCUGCAUUAGCCCAAAAGGCAAUCUCUGCCUUCAAAAUUCAACCCCUGUUCUCAGGAGACUGGUCUUCCACCUUCUUUUCAUUUCUAAAUCCAGAUCACAUCACCCAAAGGGUUCAGCACCUGCCACAGAAAACCACUGCACCGAGUAGCACAGGCCUCAAAGGAAACCAACUUACUUUUUCAGAGCAAUCAUAUAAAUACACUUCUCCAACCUCAGUCCGGAAACACGUGUUGGGAACUUUGGAACUAGACAGAGGAACAGCAAGUAGAAAGAAAAGCGUCCAGAGUGAGGAGGCGCCCGUGAAAAAAGGCGAGACCCAAGAGCCGAAAGACACCUCUCUAACUAGAACCAUGAAGUGCAACCUGCUUAACCUGCUGCCGGGGGCAGCUGCAGGGGUGGCAACUAAAAAGAAAGAGAAUGAAAAUAAAAUGACAAUCUCAAUUAAAAAUUAUACUGAGAAUGUAUCAACAGGUACAUCUCCAACUACGAGUGUGAAAAGUAAAGAUAGUCAGAAGUCAGAUUUGAAGGGAGCACGUAAAAAUAAUGAAACUGAGAAGAAAAGCAAAUCAGUGUCAACAGAUGAAGAGAAGCAACGUAAUGAGGCAUACACACAGACUCCAGGAGCUCCCGGUGAGACAGAGCAGAAGGAGGAAAUGGUUGGACCAGAUUUGGACACAAACAAACAGAAGAUUGACAAAACAAGAGGAAAUGCAUUGAGAAAAGAAGACGAGCCCUGUCCGUUACCUUUGACACCCAAAGUGACAAAUGCAGCGACCAACACAGAGGACACAUUAACUCCAAAGCCGAACACUGAGUGGAGAAAAAGCACUCUCCCUCUAGUCGAUAUAAAUAAACAUUAUGCAGGCUAUGAACGUGUUCAAAAUAUCACUGAAAAUAUUUAUGACAAUAUCUUAGAGACGUGUUUUGCCCCAGAAUCAGAUUAUUCAAGUUUCCAAAAAACCCCAAGUGAUACAGUUCAUGUCACCCAAGAGGUCCGCAAGGAUUUUGCCCAGUCUGUUUCAAUAAAGGACUUACCCCUCUCGGUUGACAAAGAUCUCCCUGCCCCGGAGAAGGAAGAAGAAAAGGAUAAGAAAGUGGAAGUGAAGGAGAUCAAAAAUGAACCCAGGAAACCAGACAGUGCUCAGUACCCACCAAAAAGUAAGCCUGGGAUUUUCCCUGCUAAACUUUUAGAGGAUGUUAUCAUCGAAAUGGUUAACAAGUUGAUCUUUCGUGCCUCACCAGAAGCACAAACAUCUGAUAGAUGCCAAAAUGUCAGUGAUGGCCAACAUCAAGCCGACCUCUACGACACAGCCAUGAAGCUCAUUGAGUCGCUGCUGAAGGAGCUGUCCAAGGCUCAGAUUAAGGUAUUUAGGCCAGAAAAGGAAGGCCCGCUAGUCCCUCCUGGAGGUAAAGGGUCAUCCGUUCCUAAAGGGCCUCCUAAGCAGAAAGAGCCAACGGCAGAUGGAGCCUCACCUCCCACUAAGAAAGCAACGGGGGCGGAAAUGUCCCAAACGCAGAAAGUGAUGAAAGAAAUCCCUCUAAAUAAGGUGUCUUUCCUAGAUAGAAUCCCGGCCAUCGAUAAAACAUUGGUUAACAAAGUUGUUCACUCUUCUGUAUGCAGUAUUUUGAAGGAAUAUAGGUCUCAAGACUCCCUUUGUCAAAAUAUAAAGAGCAACAGGGGAAAUUUAGCGAGAAAACUGACCAGCACAGUGAUCAAUGAAAUUUUUCAGCAGCAGCUGAACUUGGAGCCCAGCGAUGAGGUCCCACCUUCGGCGUGUCUGCCUCUGGAAUGUAAGGACAUUGUCAAAAAGGUCCAGAAGGUGGUGCGGACAGCCAGUAAAGAGUGUCAGACGUUCUCACCGUACGCCAUCCUGCUGCCUCGCGAUUUUUUACAGAACAUGAUUUCUGCUCUUUUGCAUAAGGUUUUCUCAGUCGCACCCAAAACCAAAGCAGCCACCUCGGAGGGCGGGUGGCUCACAGAACUGGAUUUCCUGCAAAUGAAGUUGCUGGGCACCGUCAUGGCCGAGAUCUCCAAGGACAAAGACAUAACCAUUCAGUACGUGGAGUCCUUGCAUCCCAACGACGACGAGGUCCUCCAGCUGGUGGCCCUUUCUAUUUAUGGGAACCUCUUGUCCCAGUUUGGCUCGCAGGAGAUGAUACGAAACUGUGCAGCCAGCGGCUGCAGAAUCCUCUCCGAGACCAUCGUGGAGCUGGUGCUACGAGAGGUGUCCGGGAACCAGCUGCAGAGCUAUUUCUCGGGAGAGCUGACCCCGUGUCAGUGCGCAGAAGUGGACAGCAUCAUUGAGAACAUCCUCAAGGACGUCAUCCGCAGCACGGACACGCCCCAGCCCCGUCCCGCGCCCGCCCACAGGCUGCCGUACAACGUCAUAGAAGAAAUCGCCGUCCAGUUUCUAUCCAAGCUUUUAUCUGUGUUUCCCACGGUGGACAAGAAAAGAAACAAAUCCCUAGAAACUGAAAUGCAAAACAUCAUGUCCAAAAUAUUAACUUCCCUGCAAGAAUUUAUCUCGAAAAGUAAGAUCAAACUCACACCACCAGCCAAGGCACUGGCGACUGUACCGUUGUCUGACAAUGAAACGAUCAAAAAGGUCGUCAAUUCUGUCUACACCCGGGUGUUAAAGCACUCUGGCUCCCAUAUGUCCAUCUUCAAGGACUUAAUGGGGAAGAGCAAUGUCCUCUCUGACAUAAUAGGCUUCUUGAUGGUGAAGGAAAUUUCCAAUUCUAAAUUUCAACAGCAAGGAGAGGAAGAAGUAUCGAGCUCAGAACUGGCGCUGGAAGCUGUCAAAAUUAUGGAAAAGGUGGUCAAAAUUGUUGAAUUUAAGUCCCAGGACAGGUCUUCCUCCAAAAAAGGUUCCAUGUUGAAUGCCACAUGUUUAGAGGAAGCACUGGCCUUGUUCUUAGCCAAACUGGUAAAGUUGCCCAGUGCCUCAAGCAAAGAUGCCAAGAACUUAUCAAAGCCCGAGUUAAAUAAAAUUGCAUCUCAGCUGACUAAAUCUGUGUCGGCGGAGAUUUCCAAAAGUAACAUUAGUCUCGUUGCUGCUGACCCUGAGGGACAGCUUUUAAACCCGGAAAGUGUCGAAAUGAUCUCUCAGAUUAUCGACUCUAUUUACAGCAACGUGCUGAUACAAUCCGGGACCUACAAGGACCUUUACUACGACAUCAAAGGCACCAACAGAGUCUUCCCCCAAAAGGUGGCCAAUUUAAUCAUCGAUGGCGUUUCCAGCGUUACCUUAGAUACAGACACCGAUUGCUCCAAGGAUUCCCAUGCGGACCACUUUGGAGAUCUAGACGUGAACAGGAUUGUCCAGAAGGCGCAAGAACACGCUUUCAAAACGAACGCUGACACGAAGAAUGGAGCGCCCGAUCAAAACACAUGGGGAGAGGAAACGCAAAUUAAAAUCGUCCCCCACAUUGGGAACAAGCCCAUCAAAAUAGAUCCCGGCAUUCUUUCACAACACUUAGCAGUCAUUUCAGUAAAAACUGAACCUCUUGAGAAGCUUCAGAUGGAGUGUUUAAGAAACACCGGGCACAGCAUAGCAGAAGUGAGAAGAGCAUCGAUGCAGGGGAGAAGUUAUUCCUCCGCAGACGCAUCUAAUGAGGAAAAGCUCAAGAAAGAAAGACGCACCUCGCUGAACAGGACGGGGCGUCUGGACAUGAAACCCUUAGAGGCUGUUGGCCGAAAUUCCUUUCAGAACCUAAGAAAGCCUGAUAUCACCAAGGUGGAGCUUUUAAAAGACGUUCAGAACAAACAAGAUCUUCUCAUCCGAUUAGUAGUUCAUGAUAUUGAAGGUGAGUCAGAAAGUCCCAAGGGAGAGGAGCCGACCACUGAUGACUAUGAAUUUGUUCUGAGAGAGGACAUAAGAGAAGCAAGCUGUGAACUAUUUGAGGAAGAAGCUACGGAGGCAGAUACGGAAAGCCCGGAGGCCACCGGGAAGCCUCCAGGAGGACCGACGGGGAGGGAAGUGAAGUGGCCCGCCGCUGAGCUGGACCAGCCCACCUGCUCCUCCAUCCUGGCUGUCACCGACUCCUUCUGGGGGAAUGAGCCGCAGUGUGAGAAAGAAGACGGGGAGUCCACGGAGCCGAUCCAUCACCUCAUACACAGGAUUAUGAGCACGUCGUCUUACAACCAGGAGGACCUGGGCUCACCUGCCAGUGACACCAAGGACUGUGCCCCAGAGACGCCCGCUAAAGCACCAAACGAAGCCGCCAAGCCCAGUGCUUGCAAGCAGGGGUCCAAGAUGCUGGCCCGGGUCACGUCGGUUCUGUCCAAGAUGUUUUCUCGCAGCAGCAGCAGCAGCGCGUCCAAAGCUUCGUCAUCCCCGCCCCAGGCUGAGCGCUGA